UCGCUCUCCCCUCACCAUCCCCUCGCUCUCCCCUCACCAUCCCCUCGCUCUUCUCCCGCUCUCCUCUCGCUCUCCCCUCACCAUCCCCUCUUCUCCCGCUCUCCCCUCGCUCUCCUCUUGCUCUCCCCUCACCAUCCACCCGCCAUCCUCUCGCUCUCCUGCUGCCAUCUCCUCGCUCUCCCCGAUGCCUGCCUCGCGGUCCCUGCCCGCGUGGGGCCCGCGCCCCCUGCUGCUGCUGCUGCCCUUGCUGCUGCUGCUGCUGAGCCCGUGGGUGUCGCGGCCCGCCAGCUGCUACUUCAUGGAGGAGCGGCUCGCGGGCGAGGGCCCCUCGCGGAGCCCCACGGUCACCGUGGCGCUGCUGGCGCGCAACGCGGCCCACUCGCUGCCGUACGCGCUGCUUGGCAUCGAGAGGAUGGCGCACCCGCGGGACCGCACGGCGCUCUGGAUCGCCACUGACCACAACGUGGACAACACGACGGCCAUGCUGGAGGAGUGGCUGUCGGCCGUGGGCCACACAUACCACCACGUGGCGUGGACGCACAAGGACCAGCCCAGGUUUUACGCAGACGAGAUCGGCCCGCGGCACUGGCCAUCCUCGCGCUACGACCACGUCAUGCGGCUACGGCAAACAGCGCUGAUGCACGCCCGCAAUCGCUGGUCCGACUUCAUCUUUUUUGUGGAUGCAGACAACGUGAUCGUGGACUCGCAAAUCAUCUCCUUCCUGAUCAGCCAGAACCGCACGAUCGUUGCCCCCAUGAUGGAGUCUCGGUCUGCCUACUCCAACUUCUGGUGUGGCAUCACUACCCAGGGCUACUACAAGCGGACCCCGGAGUACCCUCGUAUCCGGGAGCGGCGCAAGCGCGGCUGCUUCCCAGUGCCCAUGGUGCACUCGACCAUGCUGCUGGACCUGCGGCGGGCGCGUGCGCGCCAUCUCACCUUCUACCCGCCGCAUCCGCACUACACGUGGGCGCUCGACGACAUAAUGGCGUUUGCGUUCUCCGCGCGCAAGGCUGAGGUUCCUAUGUACGUGUGCAACCAGAGGGUGUUUGGGUACCUGGAGGUUCCCACGCGGCCCCACCUAUCCCAUGAGGAUGCGGUGGACAACUUUGUGCACGCCCACCUGGAGAUCAUGUUGGAGAGGGGUCCGCUGGAGACCAGCCCCCACGUGUACGUUCCGCCGCGCGUCCCCGACAAGAUGGGCUUCGACGAGGUGUUUGUGAUCAGCCUGGUGCGCCGCGCGGAUCGGCGCGUGCGCAUAUUGCGCGCCUUGCACGAGCAGGAACUGAAAGCAAAGGUCAUCGAUGCUGUGGACGGGAGGUCCCUCAACACGUCCCAGCUGCGCGCCAUGGGCGUUGACAUGCUGCCCGGCUACCAGGACCCCUACACGGGGCGCGACAUUACGCGCGGAGAGAUCGGUUGCUUCCUCAGUCACUACAACGUGUGGACAGAGGUCGUGGAACGGCGCAUGGAGAAGGUGGUGGUGUUCGAGGAUGACGUUCGCUUUGAGCUCUUCUUCAAGAAGCGCCUGCUGAGGCUUAUGACAGAAGUAGCGGCAGCUGGGCUCGAGUGGGACCUCAUCUACCUGGCUCGAAAAGCGAUGCGGAAUGCCGAGGGCAACGCGCCGGUGCAGACGCCGGUGCGGGGCCUGGUGCGUCCCGGCUACUCCUACUGGAGCCUGGCCUACGUACUCUCCGGAUCGGGGGCGAAGAAGCUCGUUGAGGGGCGGCCGCUGGACCGCAUGAUGCCUGUGGACGAGUACCUGCCACUGAUGUCGGGCACUCACCCCGUGGAGGCGUACAAUGUGCAGUUCUCCACACGAGACCUGCGCACGUUCUCGGCAUCGCCGCUGCUCGCCUACCCUACACACUACUCGGGCGAGCCCGGCUACUUCAGCGACACGGAGACCUCCACCAUUUGGAGCGGCGAUGCCACAACGGACGCCCAGCCCCAGGGUCGCGCGCGGGGUGGCUCCCGUAAGACGGAGGGGCCGAGCGACGCCGAGAGGGGUGGCGGCGGCAGGGGGAGGCCUCAGAGCCGCGACGCCGCUCCCAAUGGCGGCAGCGGUCCGGAGCGGGGUCGCGGAGACGCCGACGACCUCCGCAAGGGGCACGGACGCGGCGAUCGCGACGAGGGCGAAGUCGGCGGCGGUGGCGUCAGCGAUCGGCGGAAAGCGGACGAGCCAGAGGUGGCCGCUCGGACGAGCAGCCCGGCUGAGGACGAAGCGGUGCAGGAAGCCGACCAGGACAGUGUCGCAGCCAAAGGGGGUGGCAGCGGCGGCAGUGAGAAUGACGGUGACAUUCCUGAAGCUCAAUCCCUGGGAGGUGAUGUCAUCACAGGAUCCUCUCUGCCACUGCCCGGAACGCGCGAUGAGUUGUGAAGUACGUGGUUGUAUUUAUUAGACGUGGGACGAUGGACUCUAUUCAUUCCACAAAUCCAUUGCUUUGAGUCGAACGGGGUUCUAGGGGUGCUUCGUGGGGUAAUAGAGUAACUACACAAAGUCUUCUCGACUUAUGUGGGCUGUGAGCAUUGACCCCUGGCAAAGGGUAACUGAUCGAUUUUCAUCUCUUCUCACCAGAAGCUGAGUGCCAACUGUCUACUAGGCUGGCACUGAUUAUUGUGUCUGGAGGCCCCUCAGCCAUACAGAGUUUAACCGCCAUCAUACAAAAGUGCCUCUGGACGCUGUGUAGUUGCGACGGCAUUGAGCACUGCUACGCAACAAUGCAUGAGAGGGAAAGCCGGAAUUCCUGGAGAGAAUGUUAUGAAAUAGUUUGUUAAUUAUCUGCUCAAGUGAGCAGAGGCAUUGGUGAUAAUUUCCUGUUUAUAGCCCAGAACCACUGGUGGAAAUGCCACGUUCCUAUGGCGGGUAGGGAAAAAAGUAUCCAUAGGAUGACCACUAUUGACACUCAUGAAAGUGGUGCUCAUUUUAUCGACCCCAGAGGGAUGAUGGUCAGCCCCCCCCACCACCACCGCCCCCCCCAACCAGGAUUUGAACUCUGCAACCUGAUUUGGAGCCGCCCGCUCUACCGCUGUGCCACCAGGCCGGAUACACGCAUACGAGGCGAUAACUGAAACAUCUCGGCAGCUUGGAAACCUAUUUGCUGUAAUACCACCUUGUGGCCGCCUGAGACUGUAGGCACAGUAUGCUGGAGAGAGGACAGUUUUGGAGGCUUCAUACACUACGGAAAUGUAGUUGGUUCAGAGUUCAGGUCUGAUAUGAUGUGAUCAUUCCACACACAGCGGUUGAAUCAUACAUGCGUUUAAUUUGUGUUGUGGAGAUAAAACAUUCUAUCACACACUA